AUGUUGGAAGUCAUCACCAAAGGACCAAUCGUCAUCACUGAAGUAGUUAAGAGCACUCCAUUGGACACCACAAAAGAUCCCUAUGAUGAAGUCCAGAUCAAAUCCAAAACUGACUUCACCACUGAAGAAAGAAAGCAAGACGAGCUAGAUAAUCUUGCUAAGAGUAUCAUCUUCGAAGCAGUCCCAGACAAAUACGUCACCAAGAUCAUCAAAUGCAAGACCGCAAAGGAGAUGUGGGAUAUUCUUGAAAGAUUGUGCAACGAACUAGAGAAAAUAAAAGAGACUAAGCUAUCUAUAGCUUGUCAAAAGUUUGACACAUUCCUGAUGCUAAAAAACUAA